CUUAACUCGGCUUCAAACAAUGGCCAUUUGGAGAUCGUCAGACUGCUACUGGACAAAGGGGCAGAUCUGACAGUCGCCAACAAGAAUGGAUGGACCCCGCUUUACUCAGCUUCAAACAAUGGUCAUUUGGAGAUCGCCAAGCUGCUACUGGAGAAAGGGGCAGAUCUGACAGUCGCCAGCAAUGAUGGAGUGACCCCGCUCAACUCGGCUGCGAGCAAUGGCCAUUUGGAAGUGGUCAAGCUGCUACUGGAGAAAGGGGCAGAUCUGACAGUUGCCAACAAUAAUGGAUGGACCCCGCUCAACUCAGCUUCACAUAAUGGCCAUUUGGAAGUGGUCAAGCUGCUACUGGAGAAAGAGGCCGAUCUGACAGCCGCCAACAAUGAUGGAUGGACCCCGCUCAACUCAGCUUCACUGAGCGGCCACUUGGAAGUGGUCAAGCUGCUA